AUGCCGUACAGAUCUCGCUGGUCCAUCCCGCUGCCGCAAUGCUCCUUUCCAACUUUCUUGUUUGGAUCUCCUCACAAAGAUCUGAGUGACAAGAAAGCGUAUAUCGACGCAACACGGCCCGAGGAGCUGUUCUUCACUCGCAGAUCAUUCCGCCUUUGGUCGCAGCGUGUUGCGCUGGGUCUGCUCAAGAGCGCUAAUUUCCAGCCUGGAGAUCGGAUCUUGGUUUUCUCUGGAAAUACCCUCGCCACGCCCGUCGCGUUCAUGGGCAUUGUCAUGGCGGGAGGGAUCUUUACCGGAGCAAAUCCGACCUUUACCUCCAGAGAGUUGGCAAAUCAGCUGCGGGAUUCGGAGGCCACUUAUCUCUUUUGUUCACAUGUAUCCAUUGACACCGGUAUUGAAGCGGCCAAACAGGCAGGGUUGGACAUAAGCCGGGUAUACGUCUACAACGAAAAUGUCUUCUUGAGUGACAAAGGCAGUCAACCGGAUCUCAAAGGGUGCAAGUACUGGUCUGCUCUAAUAGCGCCAGCAGAAGAGGCCCAAGGUUUUCAGUGGGAAGAGCUGGAUGGAGAAAAAUGCCACAAGACAAUCGCUCUCAACUACUCCUCGGGCACAACCGGGAUGCCCAAAGGGGUCGAAGUGACACACUACAACUACAUCGCCAACACGCUUCAGUACAACCACAUCCCCACGCUCCGCCCGGACUAUGCUGAACUGAAUGCUCGAACAAAAUGGCUCUGUUUCUUGCCUCUUUAUCAUGCCAUGGCCCAAACAAUCUACAUUGCAGGCGCACUCCUCCGGGAAAUCCCCGUCUUCAUAAUGCCUAAAUUCGACUUUGUGGAGAUGUUGGCGAACAUCGAAAGAUUCAAGAUCACUGACCUAGCUCUGGUACCCCCCAUCGCUGUGGCUCUGACCAAGCAUCCUGCCGCAAAGAAAGCCGACCUGAGCAGUAUCGAAAGCAUGGGCUGUGGUUCCGCUCCGCUCGGUAGCGACGUCUGCCGCGCGAUAGAGAAGUUGUGCGGCAACAGGUUCAACAUGAAACAAGGGUGGGGAAUGACGGAAGUGACCUGUUCCUUGCUGGGAUGGGAUCCAAACAAAACUUCGACGUCCUUCGGGGUCGGCGAACCCAACGCCAAUUGCGAGGCUAAGAUCAUGAGGAUCACAACCGACUCCAGUGAUCGCGAAUCCUUCAGUGAGAUUACCGAGCGUGGCCCUGAGCACACUGGCGAGCUCUGGUGCCGGGGUCCCAAUGUCAUGAAAGGCUACUGGCGCAAUGCCACGGCGACGAAGAAUGCUUUUUCCCCGGACGGCGAGCGCUGGCUGAGGACCGGAGACAUUGCCUACGUCGACCACGACGGGUGCUUUUUCAUCGUCGAUCGCAUCAAAGAGCUGAUCAAGGUCAAAGCAAACCAAGUCGCUCCCGCCGAACUUGAGGCGCUGAUCCUGGAGCAUCCGGCCGUCGCUGACGUAGCCGUGAUCGGUGUCCCGACCACCGACGGUGACGAAAAACCCCGCGCGUUUGUGCAGCGGCAGCCACAUGCCGAAGUCACUGAGCAGGAGAUUUUUGAUUAUGUCAAGCAGAGGGCAGUCCCGUAUAAAUGGCUGACAGCCGGGGUGGAAUGGGUCGAUGCGAUCCCCAAAAACCCCUCGGGGAAGAUCUUGAGGCGGCAGCUUCGAGAACGGUCCAAGGUGCAGACUGUGCAAGCUAGGUUAUAG